AUUGAUGUAUCUACGGAAUACUUCGGAAGCAACCUCAAAGUCAGACAUAUAUAAUGACUCUCCCCGUUCAUAUCUGGCUUAGACACAACGCAAUCCAGACAGGAAAGAAGAAAGCUAUUAUUAUCUCACAAACUCAUUAUCUCACAAAGUCAUAUAAAAGAACGAAAACAUGAAGUUCUUCGACGCCCCAGCACCCAACCCCAUGGCCGUCCGCCUAUUCGUCCUCGAACGCGGCGGUCUUGCCUUUGACGUCGAAACGGUGGAUAUCAUGAGCCUCCAGAACCGACGCCUCGCCUACCGGGCGAUCAACCCGCGCGGCGAGGUCCCCGCACUACAACUCGACGACGGCACUGUCCUGACCGAAACUACCGCCAUCUGCGAGUACCUCGACGAGAUCGCACAGGGGGGCGUCUCCCUCUUCGGCGACACGCCUGCCCAGCGCGCCGAGACGCGCAUGUGGCUCCGCCGUAUGGACCUGGAGAUUUGCCAGCCCGUUAUCGCCUGGUACCGAAAUGAUCCCGCCACGCUGGACUUCUACAAGGGCAACCGACUCCCCACGCCGGAGGCGCGGGUGAACCAAAAAGUGGCGAUCAACCAGGCGCUGAACCUGCUGGAUGAUCAGCUUGAGGGAAAGACCUGGUUGUGCGGGGACCGGUUCUCCGCCGCCGACGUGCACUUCUAUGGACUGAUGAAGAUGAUGAGCAUGCACGUCUCGGAGUGGAUGCUGUUACCGGGCCGAGAGAACUUUUUGGCUUAUUGGAAGAGGUUAGAUGAAAGGGAGGCGUCGCAGAAGGCGUUGCAGAAUCUCCCGACUAAGGUUGUUGUAUAAUUUGAACUAGUUUCGGUUGAUGCUUGAUUUCUCCAGUUUGUAAUUCCCUAGAUGUUAUGUUCUAGAUUCUCUUUUGAAUAAUCCAUUUUCUGUCGUGC